UGUGAGUUUUGUAGGUAGACGAAUGAAAAUAGCUCUUAUAUUAAACGCUUAUACAAUUCAAGCCAGCACAACAGUGAUAAGUAGGGUUUCUUCUCGUCUCUUAAAGAGCGCUUAUCAUUUUAAAUAGACGAAAGGGUAAAUAAAGUAUCACGUGAUUAGUUAGGCUAGUUAGCUACGUGGCUAAUUCACGUGUGUUUUGGAGCAGCUGUUUUUAAACUCGUUGUGCUCCCGCUGUAUGGCUGGCUGCAGGAUGAAGCUGGAGCUGUCCCGUGUGGCGCUGGGCAAAGGUCGGCUGGGGGUCCUGAAGGGGCUCGGUAAGACAGGGCAGCUCUCUCUGGAGGUCCCGGGGUGUCUGCUGCACACACACCUGGGCACCGUGCCCCACCUCACACAGGACACCCUGAGCACCCUGAGCACCCUGCCCUCUGUCACCCAGAUCACCCUGUCCAAUAUAGCAGAGCACCAGGAAGUGUUGGAGGAGUUCAAGGAUGGAUUCAGGAAGUUUGCAGGUCUUCAUGAUACUGUGUUGUACUGCGCGCUCCACGACCCUGCGACCCCCUGCCCCACAGGUCACACUACUAACAAGACGGUGUCGGUGUGGGGCAGUGGUGGGCGGAUCGAGCUGACAGUGGCUAAGUUCAUGGCUCUGCAGAAGGCCGUGAAGCCAGACUGGUACCAGAGCAUGGCGGACGGAGAGACGUGGCAGAUCAACACCUCCCAUAAGAGGGUCCGAAAGUCCGUGGAUCGCUCCCUCGCCCACUUGGAUGAGUGUCUGCUGGUUCACCAAAAAUCCCAGGAGUUGGAGGGCGUGGAGGUGUUUGGGGUGGUGGAGGGUGGAGACAUCCUGGAGGAGAGGGUGCGCUCGGCGAAGGAGACGGCUAAGAGGCCUGUGUCCGGGUUCUGUCUGGACGGCCUGCAGACGGGCUCCAUGGACCAGGCUCUGAGGACCCAGCUCAUCAGCGCGGUGACCAAAGAGCUGCCUGAGGACAAACCCAGGCUGCUGCAGGGUGUAGGACGGCCCGACGAGGUGCUGGCGAGCGUGGAGGCCGGCGUGGAUCUGUUCGAGGGUUUCUUCCCCUUCGAGGUGACGGAGCGAGGCUGCGCUCUGAUCUUCAACUUCAACAUCUCCUCGAACCCGGAGCUCGCAGGUAGAGCGCCCCCCGCAGUGCUGGAGCCGGGUGAAGAUCAGGAAACAGCGGGCGACUCGCAACACAGCGGAGAUCUGAAUCCUGACGAUCAAACGCAGAUGACUUCCUUUGAGAUUAAUCUGAAAGACAAAAGGUACCAGGGCGACUUCCGGCCCCUGGUGGAGGGGUGUGGCUGCUACUGCUGCAGGAACCACCAGAGGGCGUACCUGCACCACCUGCUGGUGACCAAUGAGCUGCUGGCGGGGGUCCUGCUCAUGAUCCACAACACGGCCCACUAUCACGCCUUCUUCAGCGCCCUGAGAGACGCUCUGGCCGAGGAUACACUGGACCUCCUCAAGAGACGGGUACUCGGGCACACAGAGAGAAAGGACUGAGGCUAAUAAAUCAUAAUGAUAGGGAAGCCAUUGAUCCUGCUUUCCCUCUCAAGGAUCACUCCACUGGCUUGUCCAAUCAAAGCUUGCUGCUGAGUCCCUUCAUGUCUCACUGAAGUCAAAAAGCAAAAAGAGGGGGAUGAAAAUAAAUCAAGACAGCCGUGUGAUGUUUGUCCCGGGGGUGUGUGUCCCAGUUUCACACCAAGAGGUGCGUUGGGUAUUGAUCGAGGCAGAUAGCCAGGAGAUGAACUCGCUGAAGAUGGAGAAGAGCUAGAUAGGAGGUAUUUGCAUAAAGAGAGAAAUGUGUGGGUGGAUGGUUGUGGACGAUCGACUAUGACUGAAUAUCUGCGUGCCUUCUAGUCUGAUUACAGGUCAGCACAUGACUGUCAUCCUCUGGACUCAUUGACAUGGCAGCUUAGGAAUCCACUUGUGUGAUCAGUUAUUAACGGAGGGGGGGGAUAACCAAAAUAGAUCCAGCUUUCUCCUGUUAUUAAUAAAUGUGUAGAGACGUCCUUUA